UCCGGGCGUUCGGCGCGCCCUUCCUUGAAGCGGCGGUGGCCGGGCUGGGCGCCGAGAGCGGGAGGCGACGGCGCGGCUGGAAAAUGCCGGUGCAUUCCCGAGGGGAUAAGAAGGAGACAAACCAUCACGAUGAGAUGGAGGUGGACUACGCGGAGAACGAGGGGAGCAGCUCCGAGGACGAGGACACCGAGAGCUCGUCGGUCUCUGAGGAUGGAGACAGCUCAGAAAUGGAUGAUGAAGACUGUGAAAGAAGAAGAAUGGAGUGUUUAGAUGAAAUGUCCAAUCUUGAAAAACAGUUUACCGAUCUCAAAGAUCAGCUUUAUAAAGAACGAUUAAGUCAGGUAGAUGCAAAACUACAAGAAGUCAUAGCUGGAAAGGCACCAGAGUAUUUGGAACCACUGGCAACUUUGCAAGAAAACAUGCAAAUCCGUACAAAGGUAGCAGGAAUCUAUAGAGAGCUCUGCUUAGAAUCUGUAAAGAACAAAUAUGAAUGUGAAAUUCAAGCUUCUCGCCAACAUUGUGAGAGUGAAAAGCUUCUGCUGUAUGACACAGUCCAGAGUGAGCUAGAGGAGAAGAUACGAAGGCUUGAAGAGGACAGGCACAGUAUUGAUAUUACCUCAGAGCUAUGGAAUGAUGAGCUUCAGUCAAGAAAAAAGAGAAAGGAUGCUUUCAGUCCUGACAAGAAGAAACCAGUUGUUGUGUCAGGUCCAUAUAUAGUUUAUAUGCUACAAGAUCUUGACAUUCUUGAAGACUGGACAACAAUUAGGAAGGCAAUGGCUACACUGGGUCCACACAGAGUGAAAACAGAACUUUUUGAACUGACCCCUUUAGCACCUGUGAAACUGGAAAAACAUCUGCACAGUGCUAGGUCUGAAGAAGGGAGACUAUAUUAUGAUGGUGAAUGGUAUAUUCGCGGACAGACGAUAUGUAUUGAUAAAAAGGAUGAAUGUCCUACAAGUGCCGUAAUUACAACAAUUAACCAUGAUGAAGUUUGGUUUAAGAGGCCUGAUGGAAGCAAAUCUAAGCUUUACAUUUCGCAGCUACAGAAAGGGAAAUAUUCAAUUAAACAUUCAUAAUCAUGAUUUAAGUGUUAUCUAAAUCUACCUUAUUAGUGUUACCCAGUGUGAUGUGCCACAGGAGUAAAAACGUAUUGAAUAAUUUAAUAUUCUUGACUCGUGAGAGAUGUGCAUUUGUAGGUAGUACUCUAAAUAGACCUCCUAUUGAUAUGCUUUUAAAAGAAACAGUAAUAAAAAUUUAUCAUGAUCAUUAUAUUCAUUUGUCUCUUAGGUCAAAUGACCUAUAUAUAUAUGUGGUAGAGGUUUCUUACAAAACUUUUUUUUUAACAAUUAAGUAGAUUUGUCUUUAGUGAACUAUGUUGCUAAAUAGCUACAAAUUAUCAGCAAUUUAAAAAAAAUUUCCAUAUCUAUGUCAUUUGUUAUGUGUUUGUAAAUAUGCCUGAUGAAAUGUUUCUUAUAAAUGGUUUGUACUAGUACAUUAGUGUUAACCAAAAUUAAAACGAAAACAUUCAUGUAUAUGUUUGAGUAUGUAUAUAUGGUAUCAUCAGCUUAUUUAGAACUGAUGGCUUUACAGUUUUGUUUUACCCAAACGUUAAGCUAUUGGGUUUGAAAGCUAAAAGGAGCACUUUUAUAGACCAGCAAAUUUCUUUCUCCUCUCUUUUGGAUUGUCUGGUGGUGACCUAUUUUUAUAAAUUAUAAUGUUACUCAGUGAAAUCAGUGUCAUGUAAUAACAUGUUUCUACCUGUGAGCCUUUAGAGGGCAGGUAUCGAUGCCUCGUAUUGAUGAUGCAGUAUGUAAAUGGUGGGCAGUCUUGUGUGCUGGCCGGACAAGUCUGAUCUUUUGGAACACAUUUUCAUUAAGUGUUUUCCAGAGGUAAAAUCAGGUCUUUGCUCUAAUUUUACUCCUAGGAGAAAAUAGAAAGGGACCCCUUCCUUGAAUCUAUUUCCAAAAUAAUAGUUUUAUCUUUAGUGAACUUACACGUUAAGGCCAUUUGGCGCACUCCAGAAAGUGUUGGACUCUCUCCCGUAGCCGUAUUGCCGAGUACCUUGGAAAGCCUCAGGAGCAGAGAAAGAGUAGAGACCUCCGAACGGCAGCGCUGUCUGAUGGCUGUACGAUAUAAGUAGGGUGAAACCCAAACAGGUAUUCCUGAUGAUCUUGUGCACUUUAAUUUUUGUUAUAGUGACACUUCAGAGGAUGAGGGGGGAAAUCUAGUUAUUAACACUUAGGGCAGGAAUAGCUGCAUUAUUCCGUUUUUGUUUUUAACUCUCUUACCUCUGCAAACAUUUUCCUGUGUAAAUCACUACUUCACAGUUGCCAAAUUUUAAAAUAUUUGACUUCUGAAAUUUCAUUAUCAGCAAAGUAAUGUUACUUUGUUCUCUUUCUAAUUAACCUUAGCAAAUGUAUAUAAUGUCAUAAUCUAAUCGUAUUUGAUAGUCCUUAUAUACAAUGUUUGAUAAGCAUUUUUAAUAAGAUUUGUAUUUUUAAAUUUAGUAUAUAAUAAAAAGAUGUGUUUGUGUCCUU